AUGCUCCGCAAUGAUGAAGUCCAGAGGCAUACACUCCUGUCCGAGAUGAUUACCAGGGUAUCCGGUUUCUCAGCAUGGCUUCUGCCGUCUUUUGCAUGGUCCGGAGGCCAGUCUCCGCCACGGCUUGCCCCAGUUUGGCCAUCAACCGCUCGUCGCCGUGUUAUCAAAAUGACCGUACUGGUAGCUCUCUUCUGCCUUGUCACAUGGACACUAUGCACUCGCAUACCGCAGUAUUCCACGCAGGGGACACAACAGCCACAACAGCCGGAAAAGACACCACACCCUCACCCUCAGCCUGAAGACGCUUUCCCACCCACGCAUGCGACGGACUUGAAAAUCCACGAUCCGAGCAUCAUCCACGUCGAUGGCACGUACUACUCGUACAGUGUGGGCAGGCAUAUUCGCAUCCACCAGGCUCCCAGUCUCGACGGGCCGUGGGAACGAACCGGCGCCGUCCUCAACGCGGACAGUGUGAUCCCCAAGGGCGACCGGAAAGCCCCCUGGGCCCCGCAGACCGUCCACCACAACGACACGUACUACUGCUUCUACGCCGUCAGUAACUCCGGAUGCCGUGACAGUGCCAUUGGCGUCGCCACAUCCAAGUCCCCCGGUCCCGGCGGCUGGACGGACCACGGGCUGCUCGUGCAGUCUGGGACAGGAAAGGGCUCGGAUGAACACCCAUUUACUAGCUCCAAUACCAUCGAUCCGAGUGUGUUCGUUGGAGAGGACGGUCACGGAUACCUGACGUUCGGGAGCUUCUGGUCGGGCAUCUGGCAGGUACCGCUGGACGAAAGCCUGCUUUCGGUGGCUGGCGACACGAGCUCCGAGGCACGACAGCUGGUGUAUAUGGAGAAGGCGCCGCUGCCGGCGAGCAAGCAUCCCAACCCACUGUGCCGGGAGCCGUCGGGUGCCCGGCCCAUUGAGGGGAGUUUUCUCUCAUACCAUGAGCCCUGGUAUUAUCUCUGGUUCAGUUACGGGAAGUGCUGCAAGUUCGAUACGAAGAAUCUACCACCUCCGGGAAGAGAAUACAGCAUCCGAGUUGGGCGAUCAAAAAGCCCCCGGGGGCCAUUCGUCGACAAGCAAGGCAGGGACCUAGCGAACGGCGGCGGAGAGAUCGUGUACGCCUCCAAUCGCGACGUUUAUGCACCAGGGGGUCAGGGAGUGUUGACGGAAAAGAGCGGUGACAUCCUAUACUACCAUUACUGUAGGUACCCAGUCAUACAAGAGAUUGAGGUAGAUGCUGACCUUACAGUGAACAAAUCUACAAGCUAUGACUUUUGGGUAUGA